UGUCAAGUGUCAGUGCGAAAGAUCCGAGCUCUCAAUUCUCACUACUUUUUUCUUUCGUCCUCAUCUCAUUCUUUGAUCUUCCGCUCCAUUUGCUGCGACCCAACAAGCCUCUUGCCGCACCCUGAUUAUUCCUAUACCCCAUCACAAUGCAGAAUUUCAUGGAUACUAUCACAAGUGCUUUCAGCAAGCAGGACAUGAUGGAUUCCAUCCAGGAUGUCUUUGACUUUCCUCAAGAAGAAAUUGACCAAGCCUUUCUUCGAGGGCUCGAGGUGGCCACGGUCACAAUCGCAGCCACGCUUCUCUUGGAGGUCUACUCAUUUGGUACAACCAAAAUCAUCCUUUCAAACAACAAGGUACUCUACUUCCAAGCCGUUGUCCUCAAUUUUAUCAACCAUUACCUCUAUGGAAUCCCCGUGUACAUGGCAUCGUCUCUCUUCCUUGUCCGCAAAGUGGAUGAAGACUACUCCUAUGGCAGUGUAGCUCUCCAAGUGCUGGGAAUCAUGAUUGUACAAAGCAUCAGCUACUACUCGGCUCACAAGAUGUUUCAUACUGCGCCUGGGAUGUACAAGUACCACAAGUUCCACCAUCGUUUCCACACAGACGUGACUCCCAUGGUGGCCAAUGCUGUGGGUUUUGUUGAAUACUGGUUGGCAUACAUCUUACCCUUUGCUUUGGCAGGUGCCAUUCUUAAUCCCUAUGAAGACUCUGUCCGCUUGGCACUCUACAUUACAUCAUUUACAAAUCUGUCGAUCCACACCCCCAAGAUUGAAGCUUGGUCGGAGCAGAACAUGCCAUCCUUUUGGGUAUCCACCCAUGGGCACUUGGAACAUCACAAAAAGUUGACUGUGCACUAUGGUGCCCCAACUUGGAAUGUGGACUGGUUUGUGGCAAAGUUGAGCGGUGAGAAGAACCUUUAGAAGCUUUAAGUUCGAGCUGACAAGAUGGAUGGACAUUCCGAGGAGUGUAGUGCAUUUGGCGCCCUCGAGUCCUUAAGAAAUACCACCCUUUAGAAAGUUACUUAGUUUUCAUGUUGCACUUAAUUAACAGGUUUGAUUGCUUGAC